AAUUUUAUCUGGCAACUACGAUUACGAGUAGGUUUUAUUGGAAGUAAAAGUAAAUAGUAAUAAGUACAAAAAAAGAAAAGAGUUUUAUUAUAAUUUAUUAAAUUUACUAUCAGCAUAAUGGCCGACGAUUUACAAAACUAUAAAUUACAACUUCAGCAGGUGGAGGCAGCAUUAUUGACUGAUCCGGAAAAUGAUGAAUUACUCAAAUUAAAAAAGGACUUGGAAGAAGUUAUAGAAUUAACUCGCGAUCUUAUUAAAACACAGUUGGAAGAACAAAAAAAGUCUUCAUAUAUUGAACCAUCAACUUCCAAGACAUCUGCUUCUUACGAUGAAAUUGAGGCAGCUUUAUUGGAAGCAGAAAAACUUAUUGCUCCUGGAAAAAUAUGGAAAAUUGGCGAAAAAUGCCAAGCGAAAUGGACAGAAGACGGUCAGUAUUACGAUGCUACCAUAGAGGGUAUAACAGAUGAUGGGGAAGUUAGUGUUAUUUUCGAUGCCUAUCAGAAUCGCUCAACCACAUUGCUGAAGGAGCUGCGGGAACGAUCGGCUCGCAAUGAAGUAUUUCCAUCAAAUAAACGACAUAGACCAAACCAAAAAGAAUACCUAAAGAAACGUAAACAGAAAAAGCUUCAGCGAUUCAAAGAGUUAGAAGAGGAACGAGAACAUGAUAAGAACAAGUGGCUUAAUUUCACAUCAAAAAAUUCCAAAAAACAUGGCGUGGUGUCAAAAAGUAUAUUUGCAUCACCAGAAAAUGUAGAAGGUAGAGUUGGAAUUGGUACCUGCGGCGUUUCCGGCAAAGGAAUGACUGAUUUUACUGUGGGGGAAAAAUAUCGCAAGGGACUAUAAUAUUUUUUAUGUUCAUACUGCCGCCUUUCAGUUUUCAGUAAUUUUUGAUGUAAGAUUUUUACAGAUACAUAUAAUAGUUACCAUUAGAUAUAAAUGUUAAAUCAUAAAUACAAAUGUAAGUGUUUAAGAAUUAUAACAGUAAAGAACAAUAAAUAUUUCGCAUACUUA